AUGCUCCGCGGAUAUCGCUCCGCUACAGAAUACAGUUUCGACGAAGAACAUACCGACGCCAUUGUUAGAACAGCCGCCUACCAUCGCAAAGACUUUGCUCUCUCCAUGAUCUGGUUCUCGUCGAGUGAGCACAUCAAUAUUCUUUUACACGGCCUGAAUCUUUUCUGCGCUUUACUACGAACACGACUUGCUGUUGACAUUUCUCUACUCGACUUUUACAAUGUCCUGUGUCUCAAGUCUUGUAGUCUUUGCGGCGAGUUUGGUGGGUAUAUGUCGCUCCUAUCAUGGACGCGGUGCUGUUUCAAAUGUCUCAAGGAGGCUCCCGAGAUUCGAGUACAAACUCUUUCCGCUGUAAAGAAGGAGUUCCGCUUGACAAAGGUUGAGUUGAGCCAGCUGAAGUCAUUCAAAACCUUUCCGGGCAUAUACUCGAUGGAGGAAUCUGUGUACAAAUCCCGUUUUACGAUCGUGUCUCUUCAUCAUGCCAGUUUGAUUUCCAGACGACAAUCCCCAGCAACUAUGCAAUUCCAGCCAGAGAGGUCAGAGCGAAGCAAGAAAUUCAACUUCAUGGGGUCAUGUGCUCUUCCUUAUUACGAUAAAGUAACCGGCAAUGUUGAACACGGAAUGUCGUGUGCCGGGUGUCAACUUGCUCUCGAGAAAGACAUCAUCGGUGCCGGAGGCGAGAGAUGGGCAUUUGAGGCUCGAGAUAAAGUAUACGCUCAAGAUGGCUUUUUGAAACAUUUUCGAUGGUGUGAACAGGCACAGCUACUGUGGAAAUCAAGUUGUGAAGGUAGACACAGGCCAACCGAGCUGCCAGAGGCUGCUCGAAGAGGCGGCUACUUUAAUGAAAGGGCAUGA